AUGGAGGCAGUGGCAGACAAAGCCAAACUGCAGAUGCACCGAGCUGCCUUUGCUGGUCAUGGCUUGAAGCCGCAGUUGGUCCGCAUCUCCAAGAAUCUCACAACUGCUGCUUUGCAUUUUACUGAGAAAAGGAACCCCUUGGCAAUGGAGGUAACAAAUCAUCUUCCUGCAUUGAAGAUUGCAACUUGUGGCUUUCGGAAUGGUAGGAAUGGUGGAACCAAGAAGAAAUCACGCCGUCGUUCCAAGAAGAAGCAAAAAUGCAACAACUUGCACAUACUGGAAACGCGGACGGCAUACAAACCACAGCACCUUGUGUAUGGCUUUUGCAACACAAGUCAUGUGGAUUGUGAUUAUCCAACUCGUUUGGAACGAACUGAACUUUGCCAACGGGCCGUACAGAAGAAGUGUUUCCUUACAACUUGGAGAUAA